GUUGAACUAAAUGGUAUAAACCGAGCAUAAACCCACCCUAUGUGAGUUUCUCCCUCAGUUAUGGUGCUAACUUUUAAGAAGUUUGCCCUUAGUCGGGCUAUUUACGAGCACUGACAACAACAGCAGUGAUUUAUUUUGUGAUUUAGUUGGAGGAGGAGCUCCAGCAGAAGCCACUCUCUGCAGCCACCGAUCGUAGCCCUGCGCCCGGGGGAGGGGAGGUUUUGUCCGGAUACGUGGUGGAACUUGAGGCGGUCCUAGAGAGAGACCCACGCACACCGACAAGCCAGCCCUGGAUCAUCCCCAACCAAACCCCAUCCACCACUGACUAUAGAGUUUUUUAAAAAAUGGCAGCCUCCACUUCUUCCCAAGUCUUCUCUGCGCUACUGAUCGCGUUUUUCGUCUCCGUGGUGAACUCUCAGUACGAAAAGUACAGCUUCAGGAGUUUCCCCAGGCACGAGCUGAUGCCUCUGGAGUCCGCUUACAAGUACGCGCUGGACCAGUACACCGGGGAGAAGUGGAAGGAGACGGUGGAGUACAUGGAGGUGUCUCUGCGUCUCUACCGGCUGCUGCGGGACAGCGAGGCCUUCUGCAACCUCAACUGCAGCUCCGUCAGGCUGGACGACGAGCAGAAGUUCGCGGAGUUUCCAGAGCUGCACUCGUUCGGGAACGUUAUGAAGAGGGCGCAGUGCCUGAAGCGCUGCAAACAGGGACUGCCUGCCUUCAGACAGACUUUACCCAGCCGGGACACCAUAGAUGAGUUUGAUCGGAGGGAGCCGUACAGAUACCUUCAGUAUGCCUACUUCAAAUCUAACAACCUGGCCAAGGCGGUGUCGGCCGCUCACACCUUCCUGCUGAAACACCCGGAUGACGAGAUGAUGCAGAAGAACAUGGCCUACUACAAGAGUCUGCCCGGAGCCGAGGAGCACUUCAAAGACCUGGAGACCAAAUCCUACGAGACUUUGUUCGUGCGAGCAGUGAGAGCAUAUAAUGGAGAGAACUUCCGUACGUCGGUGUCAGACAUGGAGCUGGCGCUGAGGGACUUCUUCAAGGUCUACGACGAGUGUCUGGCUGCGUCUGAAGGCCCAAGAGACGUCAAAGACUUUAAAGACUUCUACCCCUCCAUCGCUGAUCACUACAUUGAGGUCCUGGAGAGGAAGGUGGGCUGUGAAAGUGACUUGACACCUGUGGUCGGAGGUUUUGUUGUUGAGAAGUUUGUGGCCACCAUGUACCACUACCUGCAGUUCGCCUAUUACAAAUUGAACGACCUGAAGAACGCAGUUCCGUGUGCAGUCAGCUACAUGCUGUUCGACCCCAGCGAUGAAGUCAUGAAGAACAACGUGGCCUAUUACAAGUUCCACAAAAACCAGUGGGGGCUGGUGGAGGAGGACUUCCUCCCCAGAUCAGAGGCAGUGCGGUACUACAAUCAGACCACCAUGCAGCUACAGAUGUUGGAGUUCUCCAAACAGCGCCUGGCGAGCGAUGAUGAGGGGGAGGUGGUGGAGUUUAUAGAUGAGUUCCUGGACGAGGAUGAAUAGCCCACGUUGGAAACUCUGCCGAAACACUGAAAGAAAAAAAAAAGAACAAACACAAACUACAAAACACUCCUGAAGUUUAAGAGUCUCUGAUUGAUCACUGAGGUUUUUAUUUUUUUUAACCUGCAGCUCCUGAAGAUUUUAAAGUUUUUUGUGCACUAAAUAUCCAGUUCAGUUGUAUGGACUUACAGCACAGCGAUGAAAUGUUUUAAAGACAGUCAUAACAGAGGCAGACGUAAUUGUACUCACCGUUUUAAUGAAUUCAUUUCUCCACUGUGAAUCAUCAAUGUUGUCUUUUGGAGGGGUUUUUUUGACAAUAAAAAGAUUUUACAAAAAAGUA